CCCACAAACCUCCGCAUCAAAUACUAGUCGCCAUGUUGUAGGAAAUCCGUUUGUGCUGUGGAUGAGUUUAAUCGGAGAGAAGCGACGCGUCGGGACGACGGAGCAGAGAGGCGAAAGAAAAAAAGGAAAACUGGGAAGCAGCGCAGCCAGAUGCAGUAAAACAGUUCGGAGAGCGGUACUAGCGGAGGAGACUCUGGAAGUACUAGCUCGGGUUAGCUAGCUAGCGUCUCGCAACAACCUGGUUGGGGUUUUUUGUUGUUUUUUUUUUCUCGCGCGCGCAUUUCCUGGCUUCGUUGAUUCUUCCUCGCGCAGACUGCCAGGCUCGCUGUGCUAACGAAGGACAGAACCGCCACAUCCAGUCCCCCCUGUCCCCUGUCCCCCGUCUCUGCCCGUCCUCCCACAGCGCCUGUGCCGCAGUCCGACCCGGGCUCCCUGCUGUAGACGGGGCCAGCUGGAGGGUUAACUCCGUUAGCUGGUUAGCUAGGUUAGCUUAGUUGGGUUAGCUACGCGGAGGCAUUGCAGCUGCUUUCGCAACAUAAGCAGUUUGAAAGAUGUCAACGAAGGACCAGAACAAACAGUCCACAAUCGAAAGGCCAGUUAAAGCCGUGCCGUAUCCCCCGACAACGCGCCUCACUAUGAAGGAGCUGUAUGAGGACGGACGGCCCAGGGUGGACCUGCUGAAGGCCCACCUGCUGAAGGAGGGCCGUCUGGAGGAGGAAGUGGCCCUCCGCAUCAUCAACGAUGGAGCCGGCAUCCUCCGUCGUGAGAAGUGCAUGCUGGAGGUGGAGGCACCUAUUACAGUGUGUGGAGAUGUUCACGGGCAGUUCUUUGACCUGAUGAAGCUGUUUGAGGUCGGAGGUUCUCCCAACAGCACACGUUAUCUCUUCCUAGGAGACUAUGUGGAUCGAGGUUACUUCAGCAUUGAGUGCGUGCUGUACCUGUGGGCCCUGAAGAUCAACCAUCCCACCACACUUUUCCUCCUCAGAGGCAACCACGAGUGUCGGCACCUCACAGAGUACUUUACCUUCAAACAAGAAUGCAAGAUCAAGUACUCGGAGCGUGUGUACGAUGCCUGCAUGGAUGCAUUCGACUGUCUGCCGUUGGCGGCGUUGUUGAAUCAGCAGUUCCUGUGUGUGCACGGUGGACUCUCGCCCGAGAUCAGCUGCCUCGAUGAUAUCCGAAAAGUAGACAGGUUUAAGGAGCCCCCUGCCUUUGGGCCGAUGUGCGACCUUUUGUGGUCUGACCCUGGGGAGGACUAUGGCAGUGAGAAGACCCAGGACCACUUCUGUCACAACAGUGUGCGUGGGUGCUCCUACUUCUACAGUUACCCUGCUGUGUGUGACUUUCUGAUGAACAAUAACUUGUUGUCGAUAAUCCGAGCGCAUGAAGCCCAGGACGCCGGGUACCGAAUGUACAGAAAAAGCCAGACAACAGGGUUUCCCUCAUUAAUCACGAUCUUCUCAGCACCAAACUACUUAGAUGUUUAUAACAAUAAAGCUGCUGUGUUGAAGUAUGAGAACAAUGUUAUGAAUAUUCGUCAGUUUAACUGUUCUCCCCACCCGUACUGGUUGCCAAACUUCAUGGACGUGUUCACAUGGUCUCUGCCCUUUGUUGGGGAGAAAGUGACGGAGAUGCUGGUGAAUGUCCUGAACAUCUGCUCUGACGAUGAGCUCAUGUCAGAAGGAGACGACACCUGUGAAGGUGGUACACCAGCUGCCCGCAAGGAGGUGAUCAGAAAUAAGAUUCGCGCUAUUGGCAAGAUGGCUCGGGUUUUCUCUGUUCUAAGGGAGGAGAAUGAGAGUGUCUUACAGCUGAAGGGUUUGACCCCCACUGGGACACUGCCCCUGGGAGUGCUAUCGGGAGGACGACAGACCCUGCAGAGUGCCACCGUAGAGGCAGCUGAGGCCAGAGCCAUCCAAGGGUUCAACCCACAGCACAAGAUCCAGAGUUUCGAGGAGGCGCGUGGCUUGGACCGGAUAAACGAACGCAUGCCCCCCCGCAGAGACGGCAAACAGCCCGACGGCAUGGCCAACUCCAUCAGUGCAGCCAACUCCCCCGACAAGAAUGGCUCCAUGACACAGGCGUAGUCCUACAACUGCAGACCCCCACCUCCUCUCGCUCUCUCUCUCUCUCUCUCUCUUUCUCUCUCUCUCUCGCGCUCUCUCUCUCUCUCACUCGCGCGCGCGCUCUCUCUCUCUCUCUCUCUCUCUCUCUCUCUCUCUCUCUUUGAUUUUCCUCCUUGUUUGAGUCGGUGCCCUCCUCCAUGAAAGAUCUCCUGGUCUGUUAAGGAGAGACACACACCUGGUACCCAGAGAAGGGUGUAGUCAAGUUUUUAAAAAAAAAUAAAGCAUGGUUUUUAUUUAUUUAUUGACACAUGAUAAGAAUUCACUCUCUAUAAUGUUGAAAAAAAUCAAGAUGAAUAAAUAUAUUAUGAGUAUUCAAAAGCUACAUGAAAUACAGUGUGUGUGUGUGUGUGUGUGUGUGUGUGUGUGUGAGAGAGAGAGAGAGAUUAGAUAGAUAGAUAGAUAUAGACAGACAGCUUUGGAUUGGUGUCAUCAGUUUGGAUAAAUAAAUAAAAAAUUACAUUUUUGUAAA